UUUAUGUUAGAAGACUUUAUUGGAGGGCACACAGCAGUUGGGAAUUUGGUAAUGUUGGUUCUGGCAUACAUAGCUAAAAAUCAUAUAAUUGGUGAGCAGGAGGUAGAUUUUGUUUCGAAUUAUGAAGUAAGGAGUAUUAGUCUUUAUGAUAUGAAUAAAAUGCCAUAUACCAUGGCGGUAAUUUUAGAGGUUCUACGACAUUCAUCAUCUCCUAAUGUUCCUCAUGUAGCAAUGGAAGACACAGUUUUAUCGGGAUUUGGUGUUACCAAGGGGACAAUCGUUUUUAUAAAUAAUUUUAUAUUAAGUAUAAACGAAAAUAACUGGAAAUAUCCUGAUCAAUUUGAGCCGCAGCGGUUUCUAGAUAUAAAGCAUACAGAUGACAGAACCAAUGUCUUGAAAUGUAUUCCACAUUUCUUACCGUUCAGUGUCGGUAAGCGCACAUGUCUUGGAAAAAAUCUGGUUCGAGGGUUCGGAUUUCAUUUACUUGUCCAUAUUAUAAAAAAUUACAAUGUGAAUAGGCCACUAACUGACGCCCUACACCUACGUCACCUGCGAAGGCGCCGCGUCAAGGAGCGCCCGCCGCUGACCAAGAAGACAUCUGCACCUGGCAAGGAUCGGCCAGGAGACCGCGUGCGACGCGUGCGACGCAGGCCCCGGCACCACGGCGACAUUGACGGCAGCGUGGGACUCCCGUUAUGUCCUUACCUAAUUGGCACCCAACUGUAA